AUGAUUAAAGCUGCCAAAAAUGCCUACGAUAAAAACCAAAUAGAUAACGCACAAAAAAACACUAAAAAGCUGUGGGAAGCUAUUAAAUCCAUCACAAACACAUCCAAACUAAAAUCUUCUGCCGAUGCUCUUGUAUCUGCUACAAAUCCAACACACUCUGUUAAUGAAGUUAAUGGCUACUUUGCAAAUAUAGGUCGUACAUUAGCGGAAAACAUUUCUACAUCUCAUGCUUUACCUCGCCCUUCAACUGUCAACGAUACCUCCUUUCCUAAUUCAUUCGCCCUAUUAGAAACCGAUGAUAUUGAGUUGAAUAAUUUGAUUGAGAAUCUGAGAGAUGCAUUCAAAUUAGCAGUAGUACUUCCUAUACACAAGGGCGGCGACAGGUAUCGUCUUAACAAUUAUAGACCCAUCUCAAUCUUACCAACCCUGUCUAAGUUACUUGAGAGGCUUGUGAACAGUAGGCUGGUCAAGUUUCUUGAAAUAAACAGCAUCCUCUCCUGCUCUCAGUAUGGUUUUCGUUCCGGACUCUCUACAGGCCACGCAGUGCUAAACCUCACCAACUACAUCAUCUCUAACUUGGACAGGCAUCAGAGGGUCAUAGGUAUCUUCCUGGACCUAGCUAAGGCGAACUGGCUUCUUGACAUGGACUAUGAUAGCACUGAAGAAUUACUGCACGUUUUAUCUUAA